AUGCCUGGGCCAAGCGGAAGCUGCGCUGGGGACACCGAAGCCGCGAGUGCCGCCAGUGCCGCUGCAGCUGUGCGGCAGGCACUGGAAGGACUGCGGCCACGCGUCUCCAGGCAGGAACUGAUGUGGGAGCUUGGCAUCUCGAAGGAGAUGGCUGUCGCGGCCCUGAAGGCCUCGGCCGACUCAGCCCAGCCAUCAGACAGCCCUGCGACCCAGGCGGGCCCGACGUCCGUGUCCGUAGACUGCGUGGUGGCUGCUGACCUGGCAGACGGAGGGCGUGAGUUUCGCCUGGCACCCGCGCCUGCGGCAACCGCGCCAGAGCAGCCCUUGCAUGCCGAGCGCGCGCACACGGAGAUGUAUUCCGUCCGCCGCGCACGGGUGAGCAGCGAGGCGGCUGUGGCCUUGCAGUGGAAGGCCGACUUGGAGACCUGUUGGGAGGCCUUUUCCCGGCGGCUCCCUGCACAGCGGGCUCCCCUUGGGGCCCCCUUCGGGGCCCCACGGAGCCGCAGCCCUCCCCAGGGUGUGCGAGUUCCGCCAGUAGCCCCGCGAGCUGCGAGCGCGGUCAUCGUCGACCUAUCAGACUCAGGCGAUGAAGAGUGCAGGCUCUUGAGGGAUACUUAG